CCGAGGCCCGCUUAAAAAAAUUGGAUAAACGGGAGGGAGAAGCAGUUCUAAGAGAACAUCCAUUUCUCAGUUCUCAGUACUCCUUCCUUCUUCUGUUCUCAUAAUCUCGUUUCUCAUCCCAACUAUCUGAUACCCAAGCAAACCCUCAAAUAAAAUGCUGAGUUCUUAGCGUCUAAAACCCCAAUUUGAUGAACUCAGUGCUAUUAUUCCAACGAUGAACGCGUGUCAGAAUCCGUUAUCGGCUAAGAUUUUUUAUUCCCAAUGCAACGGCAACUUUCAGACGUUGCAGAUAACCUCGAUUUCCUUUCUUGGGCGCCCGAAACGGUUGGGCUCCGGUAGAAACAUUGGAAGAACAAGGCUUUAUACGAGGUUUAAUUCUCGUUCGUAUGCUGUUUUUAGGAAAUCGGAUUCGGACUCAGUGUCGCAGACAGAUAGUAGUAGUCGAGAUGAUUUUGUAACAAGGGUUUUGAAAGAAAACCCUAGCCAGGUAGAACCCAGGUUUCUUGUUGGUAACAAUUUUUACACCCUUAAAGAAAAGCAGAAUUUGAGUAAAGGUGUCGAUGGGAUAUUUGGAGUUGCGAAACGCUUGUAUCAGAAAUCGAGGUUCGGGAAGCAGGGAGAUGAAGUUGGCGGUAAGAAGGAAGAAUCAUCAGAACCCGUAUAUCUCAAGGAUAUACUGAGGGAGUACAAAGGGAAGCUUUAUGUUCCUGAAGCAGUAUUCAAAGCCACUCUAUCUGAGGAAGAGGAGUUCGACAGGAAUUUAGAGGAGCUUCCGAAGAUGAGUUUUGAAGAUUUUAUGAAGGCCAUGGCGAACAAUAAGGUUGAAUUAUUAACCUCCAAAGCACUUGUUUCCAGUGAUUACGGGUACCGUGAUUUCGUCGUGAAUCUGAAAGAAAUUCCCGGCGACAAGAGUUUGCAACGAACCAAGUGGGCAUUGAAAUUAAGUGAGAAUCAAGCAAGGAUUGUAUUGGAGGAGUACAGAGGUCCUCAAUAUGAAAUCGAGACUCACAGUACGUCUUAUGUGGGCAAAUUGCCAGAGUACCCUCAUCCAGUGGCGUCUUCCAUAUCCAGCAGAAUUAUGGUGGAGCUUGGGAUGGUGACAACUUUAAUGGCUGCUGCUGCAGUUGUUGUUGGAGGUUUCCUGGCAUCAGCAGUAUUUGCUGUCACCAGUUUCCUGUUUGUGGUGGCUGUAUAUAUCAUCUGGCCUCUGACAAAACCAUUUCUUAAGCUUGUGCUAGGUCUAGUUUUUGGUAUUGCAGAGAGAAUUUUGGAUAAUGUUGUAGAUGUCUUUGCUGAUGGAGGGAUUGUUUCAAAGUUGAAAGAGUUUUACACUUUUGGUGGUGUAUCAUCCAGUCUCGAGAUGUUGAAACCAAUCAUGAUUGUUUUUUUGACCAUGGUCCUUCUUGUCCGGUUUACUCUUUCAAGAAGACCAAAGAAUUUUAGGAAAUGGGAUAUAUGGCAGGGCAUUGAAUUUGGACAGUCUAAACCACAAGCUCGUGUUGAUGGUUCAACCGGAGUCAGCUUUAGUGAUGUGGCAGGGAUUGAGGAAGCGGUAGAGGAACUCCAGGAGUUGGUCAGGUAUUUGAAGAAUCCAGAAUUAUUUGAUAAGAUGGGGAUCAAACCUCCUCAUGGGGUUCUUCUGGAGGGGCCUCCUGGAUGUGGAAAGACCUUGGUGGCCAAAGCCAUAGCUGGUGAAGCUGGUGUUCCAUUUUAUCAAAUGGCUGGCUCAGAAUUUGUUGAAGUCUUAGUUGGUGUUGGUUCUGCCCGUAUAAGGGAUCUAUUUAAGAGAGCAAAGGUAAACAAACCGUCGGUUAUCUUUAUUGAUGAAAUUGAUGCAUUGGCAACUAGGCGACAAGGAAUUUUCAGUGAAUCCACCAAUUAUCUAUAUAAUGCUGCUACUCAAGAGAGAGAAACUACACUGAACCAGCUUCUGAUAGAGCUUGAUGGGUUUGAUACUGGCAAAGGUGUUAUAUUCUUAGGUGCUACUAAUCGUAUGGAUUUGUUAGAUCCAGCACUUCUUCGACCAGGUCGUUUUGAUCGUAAGAUAAGAAUCCGACCUCCGGGAGCCAAAGGGAGGUUGGACAUCUUGAAGGUUCAUGCUCGCAAAGUGAAAAUGUCACCGUCUGUUGACCUGGGUACUUAUGCACAAAAUUUACCUGGAUGGACUGGAGCAAAGUUGGCACAACUGUUGCAGGAGGCUGCUUUGGUGGCAGUAAGGAAAGGACAUGAAGCAAUUCUUCAGUCAGAUGUGGAUGGUGCAGUUGAUCGACUCACGGUGGGCCCUAAACGUGUAGGAAUUGAAUUAGGUCAUCAAGGGCAAUGCCGCAGAGCCACCACUGAGGUUGGGAUGGCAAUGACAUCGCAUUUGCUGAGGCGGUUUGAAGAUGCGAAGGUUGAGUUCUGUGAACGCAUCUCCAUCAAUCCUCGUGGCCAGACAUACUCUCAAAUUGUUUUCCAUCGCCUUGGUGAUGAAUCUUACAUGUUUGAGCGCCGGCCUCAAUUGCUGCAUCGCCUUCAGGUAUUGCUUGGAGGUAGAGCUGCUGAAGAGGUUAUUUAUGGACGGGAUACAUCAAGAGCAUCUGUUAGCUACCUUGGAGAUGCAUCUUGGCUUGCUCGUAAAAUUUUAACCAUAUGGAAUUUGGAGAAUCCAAUGGCCAUACAUGGAGAACCACCUCCUUGGAGGAAAAAAGUUAGCUUUGUGGGUCCAAGACUGGACUUUGAAGGAUCACUUUAUGAUGACUAUGGCCUGGUUGAACCACCAAUCAACUUUAAUUUGGAUGAUCAGGUUGCCCAAAGAACUGAAGAGCUGGUCUGUACAAYGUACAAGAAAACUGUGUCUUUGCUGAGGCAGCAUCAUGCAGCUUUGCUCAAAACCGUGAAGGUUCUUGUGGAUCAGAAAGAGAUCAGUGGCGAACAGAUUGAAUUUAUCCUUAACAAAUAUCCUGCUGAGACACCCGUAAGCAUUCUUUUGGAAGAGGAUCAGCCUGGAAACCUGCCCAUGUUUGAUGUGGAACAAGGGCAUGAUUUGGAGCUUUCCCUGCUAACUUCCUCAAAAGAGAAGAUCUUGUAACCAGAUUGGUGAUGCAACUAAGAGGAGGUUGUUCUCCUCAAGUGUGCAGGGGAAAUUUUAGGAGUUGCACAAAAACGUUCCUACUAGAGUUCUCUAUUUGCCUCUUUCAACAGCAAAUAGGUUUUUACCUGGCUGAUGCUUCUGAUGAAGGCAAAAUUGAGAGCAUAUCUAUGUUCAGAGUGCAGAUUCCCUCGAUUGGUUCUGGAUGUAGAAGAGUUGUGACUUUCCUUGAUUGGCAUCCCCCGUCACCAUGUAACUUACUGCUAUUUUCUUUUUUUAAUUUUUUUUGAUUGUGGUUGUUUUCUUCCCCCGUCACCAAUGUUUUGAAAUUUGAAUCCCUAUCGCCAAGGUUUAAAAUACCAAAUACAAUGUGUAAUGAUUUCUCCCUAUUGCCAAGGUUUAAAAUACCAAAUACAAUGUGUAAUGAUUUCCAA